AUGGUGCUGGGAAAGCAUGAGCUGGAAGGCAAAUUGGGCGAAGAGAGCCUGCUGAUAAAAAGCGGCGUGCUGCGAGACGAGAACCCCCUCGACACGAGUGCGCAGUUUCACGAGUUUCUGCUGGCGUGUCGUCAGGGAGAUUUGCAAAAAUGCCAGCAACUCAUUUCCAUGGGCGUCAAUAUCAACGGCAAGGACAAAUUUGAUUAUACGCCGUUGAUUCUGGCUAGUUUGUGCGGGCAUUAUGAGCUGGUUCAGGUUCUACUAGAAGCAGGUGCCCUCGCCGAGAGAAACACAUUUCAAGGCGAGCGCUGCAUAUACAACGCCCUCAACGACAGAAUCCGCAACCUGCUCCUGCAGUACGACUUCUCCAAGAGCUCAGACCCCUACGUGUAUUGGUCAUCACACAUUUCCACCCUAUUGGGCCGGCCGGCUCCGCAGACGGCCGACAUCUCGCUCGAUGCCGGCAACACGUCCUUUAACCUUCACAAGUUCCUGCUGGCCUCGAGAACGCCGUAUUUCCGUAGGAAACUCGAGGCGGCGCCCGAAACCGAGUCUUUUAAGCUAUCCUCAUCUAUCCCCGUGGAGGCAUUCCAGAUUGCUGUUCGGUACAUCUACCUGGGUGACUUGCCCAAGGAUCUUGCUCCGCCGGGUAGUGCCACUACCGAAGAAGAAGUCGCCAAGGGCUUGGAUAAGAUCAGCAAGCUGCUUGAAAUUGAACAGCUCUGGGAGGCCAUCUUGGUAGGCAAUGACCGAAGAUUGGCGCGGCAGCGGUAUGAGGAUGAGGUCGAGAGGGCGAGGAAUCAAAUAGGAGACUUCUUCCAGCAGAGCAUCGUUGGCCACAAGAUGGUUGUUGACAUAGACCGGGUCGACGAAGUCCGAUGGAAAUACGACAACUCCAUCUUCGCAGACAUAUUGCUGCGAGCUGAUGAACCUGACACCACAGAUGAAGCCGUCGAUGGCCCCAAAGAUUCAACGUCGAAUGGCUACAACAGCGCCGGCAUACCCAUCGGGCCUUCACAAGCAACCAACGGCGUCAAGAAGGCGAGGAAAUCAGUGCUAUAUCCAGCUCACAAGGCAAUGCUCAUCCGCAGCGAAUACUUCGACAAGAUGUUCUCCGGCGACUUUGUUGAGUCUCAAAAGUCAGACCACCUCCACGUCGUCACCGUAGACUGCACGCCCGCCGUUCUAGAGCUCAUCCUCUCAUUCCUCUACACCGAAACCGCCACAUGUCCCCUCGAGCACGCCCUGGACCUCCUCUACGCCGCCGACAUGCUCUUCCUCGACAGCCUCAAGAACAAGGCCGCCAUCGCCAUCAGCACCCUCGGCAGCGGCUCCAACAACGCCCUCGUCGACCGUACGCACAGCGCCGGAGAGCAGACUGGCGAUGUCGUAGAGGUAGAGCCCAUCAACAUCUACGAUGUGAUCCACGCGGCCUGGGACUUGAGAGUCCAGCGACUGGAAGAGUUCGCGGCGCGGUAUCUGGCGCAUCGUCUGGAGUAUUACAUCGACGAGCCGGACUUCCACGAACUUAUUCGAGAGAGCGCAGAACGUAUCCAGAAGCGUGAAGAGACGGAUACCAUCGAAUUGCUGGACGACAUCCGUUAUUACCUCUCUGAACGUUUCCGCCUGCGUUUCGAAGACGCCGGCCUGGAAGAAAUGAUGGACGAAGAAGGCGAGAUUAACGCACAAAUGGCUGCGGCGCUGGCAGACGGCGCACUAGAUGCUCAGCCUGAAGCAAAGACAAACGAGAACGGCUUGACGACUGACGCUGCCAAUGGUGAUACAACAACUCCUCUUCCUGAGGCAAAGAAGAGCGAAGAUGACAGCCAGCCUGAGGGAGAUGCUAUGCGGACGCUGGAUGGAGAAACGGCAGAAGACGAAUUUGCAUCGGAUGCGAUUAAUUAUCAGAUUCUGCUGCAAAAGAUUGAUGCCAUGUUGGAGGGCUUGAAGCUGGAUGCAUGA